AUAAUACAUUCUUUAUUAAUAAUAAUAAUAACAAUAAUAAACAAGAUCUGUGUCUUGGAUACCCAUAAAAUGUUAUUCAUAGAAUGUUUAAUGGUUGUUUACUAAAAGUAAUGAUCCUCUAACGUAAAAAUUAGUAUUCUAUAUUUAUUGAGUUCAUGUGAUGAGUAUCCAGUGUUUUAUUUAUUAUCUAAUGGAAUUACUUGUAUUAUCUCAAAUGUACAGAAUAAUUUUAAUAACAUUCUACAUUAUUAUACAUAUUAAUCAUUUAUUUUCAUUGGAUACUUUCAAUUCCAAAGAGACUAAUACCUUAAAAAAACCAAUCAUUAUUGAAGCACCAAAUGAUCAUAUUACUAAUGAGAAUAUACUAGAAUUUACAUGUAAAGCUGAAGCUAAUCCAAAACCUUUAAUUAUCUGGUAUAAUGCAAGUACAAAUCAACCACUUGAAGAUAAAUUACAAACGAGUAGUUAUCAAACAAGUAUACAUGUGAAUAAACACUUAGGUAAAUUAAUGAUCUCUAAUCCAAUACCAGGAAAAUCUUAUUCGGUUUACUGUAAUGCAUCUAAUUCAAUUGGUUGGGUAAUAAGUGAUCCACCUGUGAUUGGAGCAGUUGUCUAUUUAAAUUUUGAAUUUCAUUUAAAUCCAUCUAAUACUGAAGCUGAUGAAGGAACUAAUGUUACACUUGAAUGUCUACCUCCAAAAGGUUUUCCAAAACCUCAAAUUUUAUGGAUCAAAGAUAAUAAAACGAUGAUCAAUGAAGAUAAAAUACAAAAUUCUCAUGAUUUAGACUUUUCUAAUGUUAGAAUUAUGCCAAAUGGUAAUUUAAGAAUACAUUCAGCUAGUAUUAAAGAUACAGGAAAUUAUGCUUGUAUUGCAUUGAAUCCAAUUGGACAAAGACUAUCUCAAUCAGCUUAUUUACAUAUCAAAUCAUUGAAUCAUAAAUAUAAAACGCCAAAACAUAUUCGAAUAAGACAAGGUCAACAAGUCAAGUUAAUUUGUCCAAUUCAUAAAAAUCAAUCAAUCAAAUGGAGUCGUAAAUCAAAACAACCUCUUAUUAUAUCUGAAAGAAUUCAACAAAUAAAAGAAGAUUUAAUCAUUCAUCGUGUACUACAUUCGGAUUCGGAUAUUUACAUGUGUACUACAUUGAAUAGUGAAAUAGGUGAAAUACAUCUUACUGUUGAAACACCGCCAAUAUUCUUAAGACCACCUGUUGAUUUACUCUUGAAUAUUGGUGAUAAAGCUAAAUUUAUAUGUAUAGCUAAUGGUAAUCCUAAACCUGGUAUUUAUUGGGAAUUACCAGAUAAAACUCCAAUUUUUCCAACAGAUCAUACUUCAUUACAAUCUACAUCAUCAUUAAAUAGAUAUAUUGUUCAUACUAAUGGUACAUUAGAAAUUAAUUCAGUAACAUUAAAAGAUGCUGGUAAAUAUUAUUGUAUUGCACAUUCAUCUAUUGAUAUGGUACAAACAAGUGCUAUGUUAAGAAUAAAACGUAAAAAAAAGAAUUCAACAACCGUCACCACCACCACAACAACCACCACCACUAUCACAACAACAACAUCAUCACUACCACCAAUGCCAACAACAAAUUUAAAUCAAACUGUUACUAUGUUAAACAUUGAAAAACAAAUGCCUAUGCAUAAAAAUGUAUCAAAAUCAAUAAAAUAUAUAUUACCAUAUAUUGGAUUACCCCCAUCGAAUCAAACAAAAUUCAUUGGAGAAUCUGUACUUAUUGAUUGUGAAUUACCAAAAUUAGUUAAAAUUAUUUCUCCUAAUGAAUAUCCAAAUUCAAAUGAUCAUCAUCAUCAACAUAAUGAGAAGAAGGAAUACUUUGAUAUUCAAAGUACUGAAACUUGGCAAAUUACAUGGAAACGAUCAUUGAUAUCACACAAUGACACACAACAACAACAUCAACAACACCACCAACAAACCAAUAAAGAAAUCAUUGAUGGAAUAGAUCAUCGAUAUAAAAUAUUUCCAAGUGGUAGUUUACAAAUUAAUAAUUUACAAUUAAAUGAUACUGGUUUAUAUACAUGUCUAUUAAUAGAUCAUCAAAAUAUCAGUUAUCAAAUGACAAUGUUAUUAAAUGUAUUAUUAUAUAAAAUCAAUAAAACAAUUAUUGAUUAUUUACAAGAAUAUCCAAUAACAUCACCAAAUCAUUUAUAUAUUAUUAAUAAAACAGAACAAACAAUUACAUUAACAUGGAAACCACCAUUGAUUUAUUAUAAUCAAUAUAAUUAUGAUCAAUCAAUAUUAUCGAUUAAUUAUUGGAUUGAAAUAUAUACACCUAAAAAAUUAUAUGAUGGUUGGUUAAUUAUUGAACGUAAUUGGCCAAUAAAUAUUAUUACAUUAAAUGGUUUACAAUAUAAUAUACCAUAUUAUAUUAUUAUACGUGCUAGAUUAGGUAAUGGUCGUAUAGGAUGGGCAAGUUAUCCAUAUGGACCAUUAAUCAUUCAUAAAAAUCAAUAUAUUACAAAAUCAAUAGAAGUCAAAAAUAUUCAAUUAACUGUAUUAUCUCCUAAAUCAAUACAUAUUAGUUGGAAUCUAUAUGAAUAUGCUUAUAUCUUAUCACAAAUUCAUGGUUAUAUAAUAUAUUAUCGUCAUGUAGAACAUAUGAAAUGUUUACAUGGUAACUAUUUACAUAAUGUUCAUUUCAUGAAACAUUAUUGUAGUUUAAAUCCUAUCAAUUAUCAUACAUCUAUAAAUAAUAAUGAAAUGUAUCAUCAAUUAGAAUUGAUGAAACAUAUUUAUCAAGAAGAAUAUGAACAAAAUAAUACAGAUUCUAUUAUAUCAUUACCUGGUGUUAUAUCAACUAUAACAAUAGAAGAACAUUAUAAAAUGAAUAAUAAUGAAUUCAAACAACCUAUUCAUCAUAAAGUAACAACAAUAUUAAAUAAAUUAAAACCAUUUCAUUGUUAUGAAAUAGGUAUUAAAGCAUUUUCUAAUAAAUUUAUAAUGAAUCAUUUAGAAACUACUGAUAUAUUUACACAUACAGCAUUAACUUAUGAAACUAGUCCAUUAUCACCACCUAGAAACAUCAUUAUCAAUUGGUUAUUAGAUAAUAACAAUAAUAAGAUUGAAGUGAAUUGGUUACCACCACCUAUUACUGAUUGGAAUGGUAUUCUACUUGGUUAUAUUAUAUAUAUACAUAAUGAAUUAUUAAAUUUAUAUCAAACUAUGAAUGUUAGUUCAAAUCAUAGAAAGUUAUUAAUUCAUUUAAAUAAAUUACCAAAAUUAUUUCAUAUUCAAUUAGCUGCUUAUACAUGUAUUGGUAUUGGGAUUAAAAGUGAAUCGAUCCAAAUUGAUCUUGAUCAAAAAAUUAAUUUACAAAAAAACGAUCAUGAAUUAUCGAUCAUUAAAACUAUUGAAGAUCUCAAACUAUCAUCACCAUCAUCAUCAUCAUCAUCAUCAUCAUCUUCUAUAUUGACAAAUGAUUCAAUAAAUGAUCAUAAAUUAAUUCAUCAAUCAUGGUUUAUUAGUGUAAUGAUGAGUAGUUUAUUAGUAUGGUGUAUUCUAUUCAGUCUAUGUCUUAUAUGUUGGUUACAUCGUAAUAAAUUUUGUAAAAAACAAUUGACAUAUCAAUUAUCACAAUCUACUAAUGUAGAUCAUAAACAUUGUAAACCGAAUACAAAUAAUAUCAAUGAUCAAUCUAUGAUACAAACGAAUGGUUAUUCAAAUCAUCAUCAUCAUCAUCCUAUAAGCAAUAAAUCUAUAACUAUCAGUAGUAGUUCAGGUGAACAAACAUCUGACAUAAAAACACAACCUCAAAUUUCCUAUUUAUCCAUGAGACAAUCAUCAGGGAAUAAUUCAAAUGAUAGUUCAAAGAGUUAUGGUUUACCAUAUACAGAAUAUUCCGAUGAAUCACAUAUGAGAUCUUCAUCUAAGACAAUGGAUCAUUUUCGUACAGGGAAUAACAUGAUCGGAAGUCCUCUAAAUAAUAAUAAUAAUUCUAUUAAACCCCAAUUAUUUCAAACAGUUACUAGACAAUUUACUUCAAAUUCACCAUAUUUUACUAAUGAUAUACAUGAUCCUAUUAAAACAAAUUCAUUACAUUUUACAUCCCCAUCACAAACUAGUUCUGAACCAUUUGAUUCAGCUAUUUAUUUAGAACAAAUAUCAAAUAAACAACAUUUAAAUGAUUCAUCUGGUUCUAUAUUAACACCGCCAACAUUAAUCACUACUAUCAAUAGUGAUCAAAUAAAUGAUUGUAUAAAUGAACAAAUUUAUUCACCUAUUGUAACACCAUAUGCAACUGCAUCUAUUAUACCAAAUGAAAAUUGUGAUAUUGGAUUACAAUCACCAAAACAACAAACUCAUUCAAAUAAUCCUAACCAUACGAAUCAUCAUCAUCAUCCACAUCAGCAGCAGCCUCAUCAUCAUCAUCAUCAGCAGCAGCAGCAGCAGCAUCAUCAUCAUCAACAACAACAACAGCAUCAUAAUCAUCUUAUCAAUGAUAAUACUUCACAAAAUAUGUACAUAACAUGUAUGGAUUUAGCUAAUUGUCAAAAAGCUACUAAUAUACCAAGUUGCUUAUAACUACUACUUAUUUACGUACAGUCAAUUUAAUGCUAAUUAUAUAAGAUUGAUAAUGUUUAUCAUAUGAAAACUAUUAUUGUUAUUAAACUUAUUCUAAGUAAUACAAUGUAAUUACUUAAUAUUCUCAUGUUUAUAUAUAAAUAUAUACAUAUACAUAUAAAAGCAAGUUGAAUGAUAAAAUUUGUUUAAAC